AUGGGGGCCGAGGACGAUAUUAAGGGCAUCCUGGGCGUGGCGUCGCAGAUAUGUUUCAUCGGUACCGUCGUCGCGACCGCGCGCGAGGCGUACGGGCACUGGAUGCGACAAAACUGCGCGAGAUGCGGAGGGGCGUCGAGGUUGACGUGCGAACACUGUCGAGGACGAGGAAAGUUGGAAAAACCGACGCAGCGAGGUGACUUCUCGGACAUCGGGAGCGGACAGGAGGAGACGUUUCCGUGCAUGUUUUGUCAGUCCAAAGGGUCGGUGUUGUGCCGGGUGUGUAACGGCGCGGGGAGCGAAAUCAGCGACAGGUUUAACUGGUCGCGCAUGGUUCGCCCAAACGCGCCGUUCCGCGAGUUGUUAAGGAAUCGGAACUUUGGCCUGAUACCCAACCCGAUCGAGCAACAGAUCGCUAAAACGGCCAAGGAGGAGACGUUGGAAGAGUUUAUACACAACGACAUGGAGGAUCUCGAGGCGUUGACGAAGAAGAUUAAGCGUCGUCGCGUCAAGCGCGCCGCCAAGCGCGCCGCCCGAGCCGCCCGCGCGCAGGCGAGAAAGACGCCACCGCGCGAGUCUGGCUCGAACGGGGGCGUAUCCGAGGUGUGA